UCCAAGUAACCCCAAAUGUAAGCCAUCCAGUCCCAGAAUGCGGAUCGUUUACUGUAAUGCGCUGUCCGCGCUUUUAAUCCUCCAAGCCACCGUCAUCAUCGAGGCAAGCGAUUGCGUGCUUUGCAAGAUUCUGGACCACGCAAAAAAACAUAAUCCUCUUCUAUCGGCCAACCUCAGCAUCAAAGGGGGUCUUCAGUUUUCUGACGGAUUCGAGUCACAGUCCCAAGGCCAGCAUCCAGCUCUCCAAGACCAAAAUGAGGACCAACACCGCGCACAGGGCCACGUAAAUGUGCAGCUAAAGAUUCAACAUCAGAGACCAGACCAAAAUGGAAUUACAGGAAACAUUCUAAACCAACCAAGACCGCGUCAAUCAGAGCUACAGAACAAUUUGGAUGGCGAUGCGACUCACGAGACUAUGCAUUAUCCGAGCUCAGUCCCGUCGGUUCAGCAAUCGUUUUACAUCGAUGGCCAGAGAGAUUUACAACAGAAAACGUUCUUCAAACAACUUAAAAAAAAUCACUUCACGCAGGCCGACAUUGAAAUCGACAGGAAGCUGAAGACGGUUGAGCUUAUCAAGAAGUACGGAUAUCCGGUAGAGACCCAUUUCGUGACCACAAAAGAUGGCUACAAGCUCUGCAUGCACCGCAUGCCGCGACCGGGUGCUCAGCCCAUUUUACUAGUCCACGGACUCAUGUCCAGCUCAGCGGCUUGGGUGAUGAUGGGCCCGGCAAAUGGACUAGCCUACAUACUGUUCCAAAAGGGCUACGAUGUCUGGAUGCUGAACACCCGUGGCAAUAUCUACUCCAAGGAGCACACGAAAAAGUUUAUCAGACUACAAGAAUACUGGGACUUCUCCUUCCACGACAUCGGUACCAACGAUGUGCCAUCGUCCAUCGACUUGAUCCUGGAGCGCACGAAUUUCCAGAAGAUUCAGUACAUUGGGCACUCUCAGGGCUCAACUGUAUUCUUCGUUAUGUGCAGCGAACUCCCCGAGUACUCCAGCAAAGUGAUUCUCAUGCAGGCCCUCUCCCCGACAGUGUAUAUGCAGCAGACUCGCAGUCCGGUGCUCAAGUUCAUGAGCUUUUUCAAAGGACCCCUGACGAUACUAUUCGAGCACCUCGGAGGCCACGAGAUUUCCCUGAACACAAAGCUCAUCCAUCAGUUCCGGAACCACAUCUGCUCGGUCAACGAGAUCACGAGCUUAAUAUGCGGAGUCUUUGACUUUGUCCUAUGUGGCUUCAAUUGGCAGGGCUUCAAUCGGACUCUGACUCCCAUCAUCGUCGGUCACGCUUCCCAGGGAGGCUCCACCAAACAGAUCCAUCACUACGCCCAGUUGCACAUGAAUCUCUACUUCCGGCGCUAUGACCAUGGUCCGACUAAAAACCUCAUACGCUACCACUCCAUCUCUCCACCAUCCUACAACCUGUCGCAGACGCAGUGCAGGGUGGUCCUGCAUCACGGGGCCAACGAUUGGCUGGCCUCUGGCUCGGACGUCACCAACCUGCAGCAGCGUUUGCCGAACUGCAUUGAGAGCCGGAAAGUGAAACUCAGGAGCUUCACGCACUUCGACUUCGUCAUAUCAAAGGACGUUCGGUCUCUGGUCUACAAUCGCGUUGUUGACCUAGUUGCCACGAAAAAGAUUCAACAUCAAAGGCUAGCUCAACAUGGAAUUACAGAAAACUCACAUGAUUUCAUUAUUCCAAAUCAACAAAGACCGCAGUGGAAUCAAGGUCAAUCAGAUCAACAGAACAAUUUUUAUGGCGAUGAGACUCAGGAUAUUCUGAAAUAUCCAAACUCAGACCCGUCGGUUCAGCAUUCGAUAGAUGGCCAGAAAAAUAUACCACAGGGCACCUUCUUAAUUCCACCUGUACAAAAUCACUUCACGCAGCCCAACAUUGAAAUCGACGGGAAGCUGAAGACGGUUGAGCUUAUCAAGAAGUAUGGAUAUCCGGUAGAGACCCAUUUCGUGACCACAAAAGAUGGCUACAAGCUCUGCAUGCACCGCAUGCCGCGACCGGGUGCUCAGCCCAUUUUAUUAGUCCACGGACUCAUGUCCAGCUCAGCGGCUUGGGUGAUGAUGGGCCCGGCAAAUGGACUAGCCUACAUACUGUUCCAAAAGGGCUACGAUGUCUGGAUGCUGAACACCCGUGGCAAUAUCUACUCCAAGGAGCACACGAAAAAGUUUAUCAGUCCGAAAGAAUACUGGGACUUCUCCUUCCACGACAUCGGUACCAACGAUGUGCCAUCGUCCAUCGACUUGAUCCUGGAACGCACGAAUUUCCAGAAGAUUCAGUACAUUGGGCACUCCCAGGGCUCAACUGUAUUCUUCGUUAUGUGCAGCGAACUCCCCGAGUACUCCAGCAAAGUAAUGCUCAUGCAGGCCCUCUCCCCGACAGUGUAUAUGCAGCAGACUCGCAGUCCGGUGCUCAAGUUCAUGAGCUUUUUUAAGGGAUCCCUGAUGACGCUUCUUUUACAACUGGGAGGCUAUGCUAUCUCCCUGUCAACAAAGCUCAUUGAGCAGUUCAGACACCACAUCUGCCCGGCUAACGAGAUCACCAGUCAAAUUUGCGGAAUGUUUGACUUUGUCUUAUGUGGCUUCAAUUGGCAGGGCUUCAAUCGGACUCUGACUCCCAUCAUCGUCGGUCACGCUUCCCAGGGAGGCUCCACCAAGCAGAUCCAUCACUACGCCCAGCUGCACAUGAAUCUCUACUUCCGGCGCUAUGACCACGGUCUGGCUAAAAACCUCAUACGCUACAAAUCCUUCUCCCCACCAUCCUACAACCUGUCGCAGACGCAGUGCAGGGUGGUCCUGCAUCACGGGGCCAACGAUUGGCUGGCCUCUGGCUCGGACGUCACAAACCUGCAGCAGCGUUUGCCGAACUGCAUUGAGAGCCGGAAAGUGAAACUCGAGAGCUUUACGCACUUCGACUUCGUCAUAUCAAAGGACGUUCGGUCUCUGGUCUACAAUCGCGUUGUUGACCUAGUUGCCACGAAAAAGAUUCAACAUCAAAGGCUAGCCCAACAUGGAAUUACAGAAAACUCACAUGAUUCAUUUAUUCCAAAUCAACAAAGACCGCAGUGGAAUCAAGGUCAAUCAGAUCAACAGAACAAUUUUAAUGGCGAUGAGACUCACGACUUUAUGCAAUAUCCGAAUUCAGACCCGUCGGUUCAGCAAUCGAUUUAUAUUGGGGGCCAGAAAGAUAUACAACAGGAAACGUCAUUCAUGUCCCCUGUGCAUGAGCAGAUUCAACAUCAGAGGCCAGCCCAACACGGAAUUACAGAAAACUCAUUUUAUCCAUUCAUUCCAAAACUACCAAGACCGCAGUUGAGUCAAGGUCAAUAUGAGCAACAGAACAAUUUUAAUGACGAUGCGACUCACGACUUUAUGCAAUAUUCGAAUUCAGACCCGUCGGCUCAGCAAUCGAUUUAUGUGGGUGGCGAGAGAAAUUUACAACAGAGAACGUUCCUUAUACCACCUUUACAAAAUCACUUCACACAGGUCGAUAUUGAAAUCGACGGGAAGCUGAAGACGGUUGAGCUUAUCAAGAAGUAUGGAUAUCCGGUAGAUACCCAUUUCGUGACCACAAAAGAUGGCUACAAGCUCUGCAUGCACCGCAUGCCGCGACCGGGUGCUCAGCCCGUUUUACUAGUCCACGGACUCAUGUCCAGCUCAGCGGCUUGGGUGAUGAUGGGCCCGGCAAAUGGACUAGCCUACAUACUGUUCCAAAAGGGCUACGAUGUCUGGAUGCUGAACACCCGUGGCAAUAUCUACUCCAAGGAGCACACGAAAAAGUUUAUCAGUCAGAAAGAUUACUGGGACUUCUCCUUCCACGACAUCGGUACCAACGAUGUGCCAUCGUCCAUAGACUUGAUCCUGGAGCGCACGAAUUUCCAGAAGAUUCAGUACAUUGGGCACUCCCAGGGCUCAACUGUAUUCUUCGUUAUGUGCAGCGAACUCCCCGAGUACUCCAGCAAAGUGAUGCUCAUGCAGGCCCUCUCUCCGACAGUGUAUAUGCAGCAGACUCGCAGUCCGGUGCUCAAGUUCAUGAGCUUUUUCAAAGGACCCCUGACGACGCUUCUUUUACAACUGGGAGGCUAUGCUAUCUCCGUGUCAACAAAGCUCAUUGAGCAGUUCAGACACCACAUCUGCCCGGCUAACGAGAUCACCAGUCAAAUUUGCGGAAUGUUUGACUUUGUCCUAUGUGGCUUCAAUUGGCAGGGCUUCAAUCGGACUCUGACUCCCAUCAUCGUCGGUCACGGUUCCCAGGGAGGCUCCACCAUGCAGAUCCAUCACUACGCUCAGCUGCACAUGAAUCUCUACUUCCGGCGCUAUGACCAUGGUCCGACUAAAAACCUCAUUCGCUACAAAUCCAUCUCCCCACCAUCCUACAACCUGUCGCAGACGCAGUGCAGGGUGGUCCUGCAUCACGGGGCCAACGAUUGGCUGGCCUCUGGCUCGGACGUCACAAACCUGCAGCAGCGUUUGCCGAACUGCAUUGAGAGCCGGAAAGUGAAGCUCGAGAGCUUCACGCACUUCGACUUCGUCAUAUCAAAGGACGUUCGGUCUCUGGUCUACAAUCGCGUUGUAAACCUGAUUGUCACGAACUAGAAAGAGAGAUAAAUAUGAUUUGUUGUGAUAGAAUUCUUGACUGUGGAAGAGUUGAAUAAAAAACGAGAAGGAACGUGUGAGUCGCUUCUGGGGACGCGACUCUACUUAUACCCGUACUCAGUCAGUA